AUGGACAGACAUAUGACCCGAUCCGCUGCCUCAAAACAAGCAGAGAAUCCUGCAGGCCAGCGAAGCACAGCCUUGAAGGGUACCAAGGACAAGCAGAAAGUGGUAAAUACGGCUGCAACAUCGUCUGCCGCAGCUAAGAAGAAAAGUCAGAAGGCUCAGGAGAAGCAGAGGGAGAAGGAGGAACAAACAGAUAAGAUACGCAAGAGAAAAUCAAAGAUGAUGGAGGAAGAUGAAGCAUCGCAUGAUGAAGAGGACAUAAGGCCCCAGAAGAAGAAGAAGUCGCGCUCGCGCAACGACAACGCACAGGAGGACGACGAGCCUGCCAAUGACACGGCGCAAGGCAACAAGGUAGCUGACGUGGUGAUGCAAGACCAGACGGCUGACAGCGAGGGCGAGCAGUCCAAGAAGCCACGGCCUAUGCCAAAGCGGAAGUACGGCCAACAUGCAAAACCUGCACCUACGCUAGACGCGGACGAGGAGGACCUGGCACGAACAUUGGGCGGCGGACGAAAAGAACAGGACGCUCGGGCUCCUCCGAGCAAGUCGGUCAACACCCCCUCACGAGCGACAGAUGCGGCUGCAAGGAAGCAGGACAAGGGUAAGAAUCGCGCCAACAACAACUCGGAUGACGAGCGUAGCAAAUCCCCGGCCGCCAGCGACGAUAGUCGCAAGAAUUCUGACAAGGCCAAGCGCACGGCUGCACGCCCACAUGACAAACCAUCCGAUGACUCAGAUCAGGACAACAGCAGCAAGGAUGAUGAUCAAGAGGAAGGAGAGGCGUAUGAAGACGACAGAGAUGAGGAGGAUGAAGAGGAGACAGACCACGCAGAAGAGGGACAGAGCGACGACGAUGGGAUGAUCGUCUUGUCUGACUCCAGGCGCAAGGGCAAGGGUGCUCGUCCCAAGGCGUAUCGCACCGGUGGGGCCAAGGGCGCGCGCCUCAGGGUGUCAGACUUGCCAACAUGGCUUGUUCCACUUUUCCAUGCAGCACAAGAUGCGCUGCGCCUCCGCACCGCUCUGAAGUCCGCCUGGACGAAGGAGCCGUCAGUCGUCUCCAAGCGGCUGCCCAGCGUGGAUGAUCUCAUCAAGGCGAGCGUUCAAGAUGCAUAUGAGAAAGGCGACAAGAAGGUGCGGGAUUCCUGGAGGAUGUUGCAGGAUCGGAAGGGCAAGGACAACAGCCAGAGAGAGCGUCAUAGGCAGGACAUGCACAAACUGAUCGUGCGCGCGUUAUCUCAAACUCGAAACGAGCUCAAGGGGAAGGCGUCCCAGGUGAUCCAGAAGGCUUACGACCUGAGCCCUCACCUAUACUCUCUUGAUGACAGGAGGCCAAUUGCGUUGUGGCUGAUCGGCAAGGUCAGCGUGAAGAUGGGCGAUCGAACGGCUUUGCUUCCUCGUUUCAUCUUCGGGGAGAUAGAACACAACCUUGGGAAGGAACAGGGCUCGUCCGUGGAGAAGAGUUACAACCGCUUGCUACCUUUCAGGCACCCGGCAAUCCAAGAGCUGAUCUACCUGUACUGGGGGCCCGCCAAACGUGAGGGUGCGUGCAUCAAGGCGGCGAUGGUAGACUUCAAGAAGGUGCCUCUGAACCUCAUCGCACUAGUGUGCACCGCCAUAGAGGGAGCAUUGGCUGACGUCGCCGCGCAGGUGGAAGAAGACAACGAAGUGAACCUGAAAUUUGCAAACUCGGUCUACGCCAAGAAGUCGAAGAUGCAAGGGGACGAGGAUGGUGAUAUGGACGCUGUGGAGGAGAACCAGGAGGAGGAAGAAGAUGGGGAACGUGUGGGCGGUGCGGCUAUCGACCUCGACCAGCUGAACGUCACCUUGCCAGCCGUGGCAUCAGGCAGCAAGGCAAAGACUCCUGCGGCGUCCAAGACUGCAGCUGGAUCAUCGAAGGAUGCAGCGAACGCAGAGAGUGGACCGUCACGUCCGUCGCGAUCGAAGUCCGGCGCGAAGAAGGCCCAGGAGAGUUUGGGGGAGCAAACUUCCAGCAGCGAGCGUGAGGUCGAUGAACUCGGCAAUGAGUGGUAA